UGUCCUCCAGCUGCGUCCCCGGCCAUGUCCUCAGUCCGAUGCCGGCAUCCAUCUUCCCAGGUUAUGUUCCCUGCGAGCGUCAGGAUGUACGGGGAUGGAACUGGCGGGAGAUAUAAAAAAUGUCAAAUAAAAUCUGAUAGUAUUACAUUACUGUAUCAACCAUUUCACAUACAUUUUGUCCCUUAUGCUUUGUCCUGUGCCCUGCCUGCAUUUUUACUGUUCUUUCUGCCUGGAAACUGAGAAACAUACAUGGCAUCCAAAAAGAGUCCCUUUAGGUCAAAAGCGGUUUUAGACCAGCUGGAGAACAACGAUAGUAAAUUAGAACCACUUGCAAAAUUGA